AUGCGCUUCACACUUGCUUCCGCCGGCCUGUUCGCCCUCGUCAACCUGGCCGCAACUCAGGACCUGUCCAGCCUGCCACCAUGUGCCCUUACUUGUGCCACUGGCGCCAUCGGGUCGACUGGCUGCGCUUUGACCGACGUCAAAUGCAUCUGCACGGCCACCACCUUUCUCAGCGGUGUCGAGACCUGCAUCCAAGGUGCUUGCGACCAAGCUGAUCAACAAGCCACCCUCCAGUUCGCCGUGCAGUUCUGCGCCUCGGCCAACGUCACCAUCCCUCUCCCAUCUGCCUCGGCCAACAGCAGCGUUCCAGCUACCACCCCUGCGCCGACCGCGACAAGCAGCGCGAGCGUGGCUAGCAGUGCCGCACCGGCCCCCUCGACCUUUUCUGGUGCGGCGAACUUCCUGGCCCAAGACUGGACCGGUGUUGUGGGUGCUGCUGCCUUGGGGGUUGCAGCUUUGCUAUAA